AGCUUGAGCCUUUUCAAAUCAAGCUUCGGCGGGCCGCUUGCCGUACGCGAGGUGGAUGCAACCACUGCAGCUGCUGAGAUUCGUGGACGCUGCGGAUGAUGGCAUCGUGCUUGUCAUCUUGAGAUGUCUGGGGACCACUGCUUUGGUUCGUCUUGCAUCGACCUCCGCCUUUGUGUCUUCGCGCCUGGGUGACGGCAGGCCCUCGGUCCUGCAGCGCUACCUCUCCGAGCUUUUGGCAGGCACAUCAGGCUCCUCGGAGAUGGGCGCCCUGCCGACCCUGCGGGCGCUCAGCGCUGCGGGGGAGGGGAGGAGCCAUUGCGAGGUGCUGGGGCUGGCGCUGCUGUUGGCUACGGAGAAGGCAUCCUGCCAAGAUGUGGCGCGCAUGUUCUUGGACGCCAUGUUCAGCUGGGAGCUGCAACGUCGUGAAAGGCCCCGCCGAGAGGAGGCUUGGAAAGCAGCGGAUGAGCUGCUGACGGCCCUGUUCGAUGCGCGGACGGACGGUGGCCGGAAGCUCCUCCAGAUCACCACACAGGCCAUCCGGCAAGCUGAGAGCGACCUGGACGCGCUCAUCGAGGCACAGGCUGAGACGUUGUUGUCUUAUUGCGGCCAGGGCUACGAGGCAACGGCAAGACAGCGCUCCGCUGCAGAGUUCAUCCGUCGCCGGACGCAUGCCUUCACGCGCAUGGCGGCUGUCGGAUCUGACGACACAAUGCAAGCUUUGGAAUCCGCUGUCAACUCCCUAGACGACACCAUUCGAGGAUAUGACCAGGAGGGCUACACCCUGGUUUGUCCGCAGCUUGUCGGCUGGCGGUGCCUCCGGAGGAGGAGUUUGCCUUACGAACACUGGUGGGUCCGCUUGGACGGGCCGUUCAUGGGCCGCCCACUGGAAGCGCCGACCGCUCUGUGCAUGUGAGGACUGCGCCUUUGAGCUUCCGGCUGCCAAGGACCUUGCGCUGAUUGGCAAUAUGUUUGAGCGGGACCCUUGCUGCACGGCUUUCAAUGAUUAACAACCCAAGUGAAACCAACACAAUAGGACUCUAAUGCUAUGAGGCUGAGAUGAUGCCACAGUUUCAGAGCAAAUUUCGCAAAGCUGGUUGCGGAGUCACAUCAUGCGCAUGACCUCGCGGCCAUAAACAAGGUCAUCCAGCUUUGCUGCUCCUUUGAUGGAGUUGGCCAUGUUUUAUGGCGAGACUUACUGGCAAUACCCACUUGCGCAACAGCCAUGGCAGAGAUGUGACAUCUUUGCAUCAAGUGGCCGCCUGACGCCGUCUGUGGAGCCUGGGGCUCCCGGCUACUGGGUUUUGCUACCAAUGGAAAAGGAGCCAAGGCGGGGUGUGUAACAGCCUUUCCAGUUCCCCCCAUUUACAUUUGUGCAGGCAUGACCUGCCAAAGUCGUCUUAAACGAACACUGAAUCGCACAAAUGCACGGGCCAAAUGGGCCAAGCGUGAGAACAAGUACU